UGCAAACGUUUGCAUGGCUGGCUUUUUUUACAGAGAAGAUUUCCAUAAAUUUCCCCCAGUCAGCUUGUACAGGAUGAAUAGUGUUCUGUAACUAAACCCUGCAAUGUGGGUAGAAAAUAUUUACUGCAUCUCCACGUAGUGUAAACAGGGGUAGCUUUGUUAGGUUUUCCCCAUUUUCGGGAAAAGGCUGAGAUGAAACGUGUGUGUUUUUGCCAGUGGCAUUGUUGAUUGACACUGAUCAAAGAUCUGCUUUGUCUCAAAGCAAAUGAAUAGGUGGAGACACUGCUCAGAGCUAUUGGGCUUGUGUACUGUGAGUUCAAACCAGAUGAACUUCAUAUUAUUAUAAAACCCUCAAACCUAUCGCAGACAAGCAGGGAAGAUCUCAAAUGUGAUGUGCUCAUGUCACCACAUGCAAAGUUGCAAUCUGCUCGUAUUCUUUGCAGAAUGCAUGAGCUGUGUGUCGACAUACUGUACUUGCAUGCACGUACAUAGCAUACCACUUUCUGCAGCUGUGUGUAAAACUAAACCCAGCCAGGUGUGUGCACGACAUUCACUGAAGAAGUAUUUGCUCUGGGCGUGUGGGAAUAUGUUAGUAUAAGAUGACAGCAUGACAUCUCAUAUAGCAAAAACACUCCCCACUCAUUUUCCCAUAAGGGACUUUUCAAUGACAAAUCAUGUGCUCAUAACUGAUUAAAUCCACUAUUGCAUUUACUGCUACCAUUGCAGACAUGUAGGGGUCAGUGCAACACUGCUUUUCUACCAUAAAAGAUGUCUAAUUGAAAGGAAAACCUAAAUAGAAGAGAAAACCAAUGUGUGAUUGGCAUCUUUCAGUGUAGGUCCCGCCCAGGUGCCCACAAGAUUCAGCUCAAUAGCACUGAAAAGUUUUGGGUUUGCAAAAAAAAACCAAAACCUUUUCAUUGCAUUGUUGAUAGAUUUGCUCUCCCAACCCUUUUAAUUGUAUGAUGAAGACAACAGCAACUCCAUAUAGCUGUACUGACGGCACUGAAUGUGUAAAAUGAUGUUACAGCUCACCGUCUUCAGUUUACCAGAGUGCCCUUCGUGAUACUUCCACUAGAUGGCACCAAAGGAAGGAAUAUUCUCGUAAACAAAAGUUGCUUUAAGUUGCUUUUUCGGAUGCAAAAAAAAAAAGGAUUUUAUUAAAGAUAUUGUGACCACAACCAAAUUUGAUCCAUUGUGCAUUGUGUUAAAGUUAAGUCAAACCUUUUCUGGACCCCCAGUAUUUGGGAAGUGUAGACUAAAACCAUCUUCAGUUUUCUGUGAAAUAACAGAUAUUGCGAAAGCAAUAUGAGCAGUUUUUUCUUUUGCAGUACUUCUGCUCUAACCGGUUACCAUGUUUAUCUGAUAAUAAUUCUGUCACCAGUUUGUCAGUUACCCGACAGAUUCUUUCUCAUAGAUAUUUCUUUUUUCCUCGGUAGACACUGCUGAUAACAGCUCGAAAGAAUUCACACGUAUCUCAUAUCAGUUUCAUAUCUAAAGAAAGGGUUUAAGAAAAGCAGGUUGUACACAGGUUCCACUGUAGCCUUGAUGGAUUUACAUCUUUUUGAAUUUCAUGCAAACUAGGUAUUACUACCAACCAUUUUAUUUCACUCGAAGAUGCCUGCAACAUUUGGCUAUAAAAUAUAAAACAAGUUAAAUAUUUCACAGCCAAACCUAACAUGGUUAAACUGGCAGACUCACACAGUUUCAUAACGAUGAAUCAGCCUUAUUCUCACUGUACAAUUAUUUGCUCAAAGGCUUUAGUACAGAACACAUGUGCUGACACUGACAAUAGGUGUAACUCUGACAGACCGGUAUGCAGCUUGGUGUUCAAUACCUAAUUAUUUGUUAUUAUAUGUGACAUGGGAAAAACAAAACCUUGGCUGGUAUACUGGCUCGUUCCUGUUGCACAAGUAUUGUGAAAGUUUUUUCAAACUGUUUGGUUAAGAGCUGUUUUCUUUGGCGUUCACAGGAAAUAGCACCAGAUUGAUGGAGAAGAAUGGCCCGAAUUUCGUUGGACUGUGCAAACUCUUUACCAGGGAUCCCUCUCAGUGUACUGUCAGUGCCCAUGGAGAAUAAAUACAAAUGUCAGCAGUGUCUCCUGGUCCUGAGGAAGCCUGUCCAGGCUCAGUGCGGCCACCGCUUCUGUGUACACUGCUUCAAGCAGCUCACCAGUUCUGGCCCAAAACCAUGUGAAGCCUGCCGCCAAGAAGAGAUAUAUGAGGAACCAAUUUCCAUUCUAAAUAGUAAUGAGGCAUUUCCAGACAAUGCUGCAGGUCGAGAAAUAGCGAGUCUGCCUGCCAGGUGUUUGAACCAGGGCUGUAAUUGGACAGGAUCCAUAAAAGAGUAUGAGGCUCAGCACGAAGGUCGCUGUGAGUUCGAGCGGAUACAGUGCGAGGCCUGCCACACCUCGAUUCUUCGUACGGAGAAGGACAGACAUAAUGAGAGAGAAUGUGAAGCAAGAACCCUGAACUGUAAAUACUGCAAAAUGACCUUCAACUUUAAAGACAUCAAGGCCCAUGAUGAGAUCUGUCUGAAGUUUCCCUUACAAUGCAAGGACUGUGGGAAGAAGAAGAUCCCAAGAGAAAAGUUCAAUGACCACAGCAGGUCCUGCGCCAAGUCAAAGAGUGCCUGUCCAUUCAGUGAAGUGGGCUGUAAAUCUGUGAUAGAGAACGGGAAGCUCAGCGACCAUGAGCACAGCAGCACCAUGGAGCACUUGCGUCUGCUGCUGCCCAUGGUGCUGUCCAUGGUUCGGACACGCGCUGACGCUUCUGGUCCUGGAGAGUGGCAGGAGGACUCUGGUCUGGGCCUGUACAGGGCUCCUGAGGAGGGAGUCCCUGUGGGCACCGGAGCUGCAGCCUCUGUGCAGUCUGUGGACUUGGAAAAAAAGGUAAACGCUUUAGAAAACAUCGUGUGCGUCCUGAACCGAGAGGUGGAGCGCAGUUCCUUCACAAUGGAGGCUUUCUCGCAUCAACAUCGUUUAGACCAGGAAAAAAUCGAUGUCCUCUCCAACAAAGUGCGUCAGCUGGAGCGGACAGUCACGAUGAGAGACUUGCAGCUGUCUGAAACCGAACAGCUGGUGCGAGAACUGCAAUUCUGCACCUACGACGGGAUAUUUGUCUGGAGAAUCGCCGACUUCUCACGCCGAAGGCAGGAUGCCGUGGCUGGCCGAACACCUGCAAUGUUCUCUCCAGCAUUUUACUCCAGCAAAUACGGAUACAAAAUGUGUCUGAGGCUCUAUUUGAACGGCGACGGGACAGGGCGAGGAACACACCUGUCGCUCUUCUUUGUUGUCAUGAGGGGCAAGUGCGACGCGCUGCUCAAAUGGCCAUUCAGUCAGAAGGUGACUCUAAUGCUCUUGGAUCAGAACAACAGGGAGCACAUUAUCGAUGCUUUCCGCCCUGAUGUCACCUCCACCUCCUUUCAGCGGCCGAUCAGUGAGAUGAACAUCGCCAGUGGCUGCCCGCUCUUCUGUCCGCUGGCUAAACUGGCUGGCAAGAGCCCGUAUCUCAGAGAUGAUACAAUUUUCAUCAAAGCCAUUGUAGAUCUCACAGGCUUAUAGGGUGUGGACUGUGGAAGUUACACCAAAGCAUCAACAAACUACAACAGUAACAAAGAAUAUAAACAAUAAUAGGAAUAAUAAGAAUUAAUAAUUAUAUAUAUAUAUAUACUAUUUAUUAAAACUAUAUCGUUAUAUGUAUUAUAAUAUAUCUACACUAUACGUUAAGAAUGACAAGAUUUUCUUGGGAGUGUCACAUUAUGGCGGAUAUACAAGGGCGUGUAAAAUAACAAUCAUGGAGGUGGAUCUGUAAUGGUUAUGGACAUCCAUCUUAAGUGAAUAAAUCAAUGUGACUUAUAAGAUUUAUGUUAUUUUGUUAAUGUCUUGUAUAUUAAAGAAGAACUUCGACCACAUAUACAGAAAUAUAUAUAGCAGGCGUUAGGGAGACGUGCUUAAAACAAUUAGAGAGUUUUAGUUACAACAAUUAAAUAUCUCUAAUGAUAAAAGCGGGUCUCAAUUAUCACAAUGUGACACUCCUGGCAUUCAAAUGAAAUCUUAUAAAUAACUAAUAUUUAUAUCAAAUAUAUAUAUAUAUAUAUACUGUGUAUAUAUACUAUAAUUAUAAUAAUACUCCAUAGUCAGCUUUGCAUUGUGUGGUUCUUCACAUCAGUCUCAGUAUAGUACAAAUAUUUUCACUCUAAUAAAAAACAACAGUACUUUAAUGUUAAAAGUAGAUAUAGCAUGCAACUCUUCAUCAUCAACCGUCACCUCUAGUGUCGUAGUGUAACCCAGCACGUACGUUUGUCUAUAUGAGUAUUUGUUUGCUAAAUGAGUGUUAACAUAUUAGCUCGAACUUACCGAGUAACCUAGAGAAUGCGCUUCAAAAAAAAGGCCUUACAUUGACCACUAAUACAAGACUGGAGUUUAAUUAAUAGCAAGUAUAGCAGUUUAAUAUUGCAAAACAAACACUUAUAUACUUAUAUACCACUUAACUAAGUUAUAAUCUUCAUAACUUAUAUUCCAUAUUUAUUAUAUCCAUCUCUUUUCAGUAUACAUUAUUCCUAGUAAUAGUUUAUACUUUAUACUAAUAAUACUUUGGUGUAGUUUUUGAUUAUACAUGUAUGACGUACUUCUAUCAUAAUCACCCUUUGUUGAAGAUUUAUUAUCUUUGAAAUGUAGAAAUAAAUAAAAAACUAUUGAGACAAUUGUGACAUUGUUUGUAAGCUCUUGGUCAUUUACUUUGUUUAUAGUAAAUAUGUAUACCUGAAUGAAGUACAACAUUAAAAUGUAAAAGCCAACUUUGAGUUUUUGAUGAAAAA